AUGGCCGAGAACAGCAACGGAACCGUGUCGAAAACCGCUCCGCACGAGGCGAUCAUCCCGAUCGUCUUCGACGGCAAGCAGCACUUUCCGGGCAAGCAGCAGUUGGCCUGUUCACGCCAGGUCUUCGAGAUGGUCGAGCGCAAGGAGCCGCUGGUUCCCUGGACGACGACCCUCUGCAGCGUGACUGGGAUGAGUUCAUCGAAGACUUCCACAGUGCAGCAGACCGCAAACUUCCCGGCGCUCAGCAAAAGACUGUCCGGUGACACCACGGCAGAUGCGAGCGGCGACGAAGAGAAAGUGGUCGUUUACGACGUAGACGUCAAGCAGUUCCGACCGGACGACAUAAACGUCUGGGUAAAGGACGGCAACGUGUCGGUGGUGGGACGCUCCGAGAAGGUCCUCAACGGCGGAGGCAAGUACGUCAAGGAGGAACUGCUGGGAGGCAUCCGGGUGCCCGCGGACGUCGAAGCCGACGACGUCACGCUGGAGACGACGCCUGAGCUCCGACUGAAGAUCUCGAGGCCUGAUUCGCGGCCGGGAUCAGCCAUGUCGUCAGCUUCGUCCUCGGCGCCUUCGUCCGCGGAGAACUCGCUUGCCGAGAGGUGAAACGGCUGUGUGUCACUUGAGUUGGUGACAGAACAAUCCGCGCGAGGCGGCCAUUGAUUCCGGGCUGCGUUGUUCGAGAGGGACAGGCCGCAACAUACGCGCCAGAGAGUGAAGGCAGUCAUGGAGAGACUUUAUCGCGGUGGCUAGAGAGAGCCGAAAAUCUUUUUCUCUCAUCUUAUGUUUUAAUUUCUCGGUGACUCCUGACGCUAACAGCUGAAUAUUUAUGCGCUUCCUUUAUGCGCAGAUCAUUAUCGAGGCAGGUCCUGCAGACGGGCGCAGUUUGGGUCCCGUUCGUUAACUUCUAUAUUGUCCCUAGUCUCCUGUAUCUUCAGUCGCGACUGAUAUAUCACCUGUAUAGAAAGCUGGUAUUGUUAUUGCUGAUAGCGCAUUUUGAAAGUGGCGUUUUUGAUUAUAUAUUUUAAGAUGAAUGUCGAGCUUCUUGAGGACCAAGAGUGUGUUUACCCUGUGUUUACUCGCUGUUCGCUGUAAUUGUGUGAAUAAAAAAGAUG